AUGGCAUUUUUACUGACAUGUUUAGGGUCGUCAGGUCCAAGGGAAAGCAGAGUUCGCAGCCACGCCCACUCUCAAUCUUCACCUGAAACGGAGCCAAGUUCAAUCUGCCCCACUCAAAACCCAAUUCCAAGUGUCACGAGAGAUCCUAGCGAUGCUAUGAGCCUUGAUUAUGAUUUAGAAACCCAGACGGGACCAGAAAACUGUGAUUGCUCGCCCAUAUGUCUUCCUUUGGUGAUGCUGAUGUCCGUGGGUAUGCCUACAAUGACACAAGAACUCUCUAUAGCCCUACUCAAAUGGACUCAGAGUGUGUCCUGGUCUAGUCUUUGUAUUUCUCAUCUACAACAUCUAGCAGCAUACAAGUAUGGCGACGAUGCAAAACAGUGGUCGCGGCUCCAGUUAGUUGAUAGGGUGGAAUAG